AUGUUAUCAAGACACUUUCUAUCUCCCAGAAUCGGCGGCGUCGUCGUUUUGGGUUCUCGUUUUUACCAUCACGCAAGUCCUGUGAUCCAAGAGUUGAAGACUAAGGUGGAGCACCUGGUGGCUCGGGAACAACCUCGCCUCCUCGAGUUGAAGAAAAAGCAUAAAAACGUCGUUGUUGGUGACAUCACUGCUGGUAUGGUCGUGGGCGGCAUGCGUGGCAUCAAGGCUAUGAUCACCGACACCUCCGACUUGGACCCCGUUGAGGGCAUCCGUUACCGUGGUAUGACCCUCAAGGAGGUGAACGAGGCUCUCCCUAAGGCCCCUCCCAAUGGCAAGGUCGGCCUGCCUGAAGGAGCCUUCUGGCUGCUGAUGACUGGCGAGGUCCCCACCCCUGAGGUCGUAUCUCAUCUGAACGAGGAAUUGCAUCGGCGUAGUUGGCUACCUGGUGAUGUUAUUGAAGUUAUCGACGCCUUGCCCACUUCCAUGCACCCUAUGACUCAACUGUCCAUUGGAAUUCUGGCCAUGCAACCCUACUCCCAGUUCACGCAGAAGUACCGUCAAGGAGGCUUGGCUAAGAAGGACUAUUGGGAGUACAUUCUAGAUGACGCCAUUACGUUGAUUGCCCGUGUUCCGCAGGUGGCAGCUCGGGUGUAUCGGAGGUCUUUCUAUAACAGCAUUUUCAUUGAGACUGAUCCCCAUCUGGACUGGGCUGGCAACUUUGCCAAUAUGCUGGGAGUAUCUGAGGACGAGAAUUUCAAGGAGGCCACUCGGUUGUAUUUGACCAUGCAUGCUGACCACGAGGGUGGUAACGUCUCCUCCCAUACGACCCAUCUGGUUGGGUCAGCUCUGGCCGACCCCUUCUAUGCUUGGGCGGCUGGUGUCUGUGGUCUUGCUGGUCCCCUACAUGGUCUGGCCAAUCAGGA